AUGGACGAACAUAUUGCAACUGAAACCAUUGAUAAAAUCAUAUCAUCACCUCAAUCCACGUCUUCCAUGGUUAAUGAAAUUGUCUAUAGCAUAUUAAAUGACAUUGAUAUUACGGAAAAGACCUUCCAAUUGACAUUAUUUUUCAUUGCAUUUAACCCACUUUUUUGGAAUAUCGUGGCCCGUCUUGAACAUUCUACACAUUUCUUAACUAAGAUUGCCGGUAAUAACGCCAAGAGAGGUUGUUAUCUCUUAGCGAUAAUAAUUUUCUCCUUAGGUAUUAAACGUGAUUUAUUAUUUGAACAAGCAUUGAAAUUACAGAAUACUUCUUCUUAUCUAACCGAUGUACCUGCCAUUGCAACUGUUGGUAUUAUAAGUAUUGUUAUUGGACAAGUCUUGGUACUAAGUUCCAUGUAUCAAUUGGGGAUUACAGGGACUUAUCUAGGUGAUUACUUCAAUAUCCUGAUGGAACAGAGAGUUACAGGAUUCCCCUUUAAUGUUACUAAUAAUCCAAUGUAUCAUGGUUCCACAUUGUCGUUUUUGGGUACAAGUUUGUAUAUGGGUAAACCAAGUGGGUUGGUAAUUACCGCAUUUGUUUGGAUUAUGUACUCUACUGCGUUGAGAUUUGAAGAGCCAUUUACUGCUAAGAUUUACGCCAAGCGUGAAUAUGCCAAAUCUAAACAUGUGUGA